AAAAUCUCAAAGUGAAGAAGAAGCUAGGGUUUAGGGUUUUCAAGAACAAUUUCAUUACGAUAAAGAGAUGAAAUCAACACUCAAACUGUAAAUAUCAUGUUAGAUUGAAGACAGUGAAAUGAACUACAGCGAUUCUCUUAUCCAGAUCAUUCAAAAAUGGAGGUAAAUCCAUGAAACUGAAUCUCUUCAUCAUUCUACGCAAGUAAAAUGUCUCGUCGCCACCUUCUACGAUCAUCCAAAACCUACUCUUCUUUGAUUCUCCAACGAACAACGGAGACUUCCAGUUUACCUAACAAAUUCAAUUCAUUAUCCUCCCAGGUUGAAAUCUAUUUGAAUUUAUCAUCUAUUAGGUUUUUAUCAUCAAUUAAGAAUCCAUAUUCAUCUAGAAGUUAUUGUUCUAAACGAGAAUGGACAGAUGAUAUAGAGUAUUUGGAUGAAUCCGGUAGUGUGAUAUACACCGGUAAGGGGAUAAGAUCAGUUGAGCCUGGCGUAGAUGAUCAUGUUAUGGUUGGUGGAUUGAAAAAGCCGUUUUUAAACACUACCGUGGUUGCAAAACUCGUUGAGAUUGUUAAAAGAUGGAAAUGGGGACCUGAAAUGGAGACUCAAUUGGAUAAGCUUCAGUUCUUACCGAACAUGAUUCAUGUAACUCAGGCUAUGAAGGUUGUUUCCGGGGAAGGCGAUGCUUCGAUGAGUUUAUUUCGCUGGUCGAAGAGGCAACCUUGGUAUUCACCUAAUGAUGAAUGUUAUAUCAUUCUGUUUGAUGUUUUGAAUAAGAAUGGGGAUUUCGAAGGGAUUCAUUCGUUGUUCGAUGAAAUGAUAACUGAAUCGACUGUCGGUCUCUCCUCGUUCUCGGCAUGUAAUCGAGUGCUUCAGUAUCUAGCGAGAGCUGAGAAAUUAGAGGUGACUUUUUGUUGCUUUAAGAAGAUUCAAGAAUCUGGAUGGAAAAUUGAUACACAGACGUAUAAUGCUCUGAUAACCCUGUUCUUGACGAAGAAUGUUCCUUAUAAGGCGUUUGAGGUAUAUGAAAAUAUGGAGAAAACUGGUUGUGCUCUUGAUGGAUCGACUUACGAGUUGAUGAUACCGAGCUUAUCGAAAUCGGGUCGUUUAGAUGUUGCGAUUAAGCUUUUUAAUGAAAUGAAAGGAAAAGGCUUUCGCCCGAGUUUCUUGAUCUUUGCUGCGUUGAUUGAUUCGAUGGGGAAAGCGGGUAGGCUUGAUACUGCGAUGAGUGUAUACACGCAAAUGAAGGGUUUCGGUCUUAAACCGUCGGCUACAAUGUUUGUUUCUCUAAUUGAAUCGUUCGUGAAAUCGGGGAAGUUGGAAACUUCUUUAAAGAUAUGGGAUGAAAUGAAGAAAGCUGGAUUCAAACCUAACUAUGGACUUUACACUAUGGUUGUCGAAUCCCACGCCAAAUCGGGAAAACUUGAUAUAGCCACUUCGGUUUUCACUGAUAUGGAGAAGGCCGGUUUUCUUCCGACCCCUUCAACUUACUCGUCUCUCUUGGAGAUGCAUGCUUCUUCUGGUCAAGUCGAUUCGGCUAUGAAUUUAUACAAUUCGAUGACGAACGCUGGUUUGAGACCCGGGGUUAGCACUUACACGACCCUCCUGAUGCUCCUCGCGAACAAGAAGCUCGUGGACGUUGCUGCGAAGAUCCUUCUCGAGAUGAAGGCGAUGGGUUAUUCGGUCGAAGUAACAGCUAGUGACGUGCUAAUGGUCUACAUCAAGGAAGGAUCGAUUGAUCUCGCCCUGAGGUGGUUACGUUUCAUGGGCGCGUCAGGGCUAAGGACGAACAACUUCAUAAUCCGACAACUCUUCGAAUCUUGUAUGAAGACCGGUUUAUACGAAUCCGCCAAAACCCUGCUCGAAACCUACGUGGAAUCAGCCGCGAAAGUCGACCUCAUCCUCUACACAUCGAUACUCGCCCGACUCGUUCGAUGUCAAGAUGAACACGACGAGAAACACUUAAUGUCGAUUCUCGGAGCGACGAACCACAAAGCACAUGGUUUCAUGUGCGGGCUCUUUGUCGGCCCGGAGCAAAGGAAACAACCGGUUUUGUUAUUCGUUCGUGAAUUCUUCAAGGAUAUCGACUACGAGUUGGAAGAGGGGGCUGCGAAGUACUUUGUGAACGUCCUCCUUAACUACCUCGUACUCAUGGGUCAGAUCAACCGGGCACGAUGCGUUUGGAAAGUUGCUUACGAGAACAAGCUAUUCCCUAAGGCGAUAGUUUUCGACGAGCAUAUCGCUUGGUCUCUCGACGUUAGGAAUUUAUCAGUUGGAGCAGCUCUUGUUGCAGUUGUUCAUACCCUCCAUAGGUUUAGGAAAAGGAUGUUGUAUUACGGAGUUGUUCCUAGGCGUAUCAAAUUGGUGACUGGACCCACUUUGAAGAUUGUCGUGGGAGAAAUGUUGGCUUCGGUUGAGUCACCUUUUGAGGUUAGUAAGGUUGUCUUGAGAGCCCCGGGUGAUUCGGUGUUGGAGUGGUUUAAGAAACCGAUUGUUCAGCAGUUCUUGGUGAAUGAUAUUCCGUCUAGAUCCGAUAUACUUAUGCAUAAGCUUAACAUAAUGUUCCCUUGUUCCGCUCCUGAAAUCAGAUCGCUCGCGCCUCCUAAGCAACCGCUCGAAUUCGGUAAAUCUAUGCAAAUGUAAACUCCAGUUUUUAAUGAAUAAUUUUUUUGAAUUGGUUUUACCAUUUUCAAUUUUGAGCUAUUAC